AUGGAGGAAAUCAACAGUACUGUUUCUGCUAUCAUUGAAAAUGCAACCGAGCAAAGUAAUAAGACUACAAGAUCACUUAAAGGAACCCCUACUGGCUUAGCCGUAGCUUAUAGUGGCUUAAUUAUCAUGUCUAUCUUGCCUAUUUGUUAUGGCUCUUUUCGGUCUUUUUAUCGUACGCAAAAAUCCAAGGUGGAGACUAUGAAUUCUAAAGACGCCCUCAUGUUUCCAUUAGUCGCCAGUGGCGCGCUAUUUAGUCUAUACAUAGUCAUAAAGCUCUUAUCCAAAGAGUAUCUUAACUUACUCUUAGCUGGCUACUUCUUCUUUCUUGGUACCGGUUGUUUAACGUCCAUUUUGGACCCAGUCAUCCGACCAAUCUUUAGAGGUAUAUUACCUAAAACUUGCUACCAAUUUCUGUUUAUUCAAAAGAAAGACGAAAAGAAAGAGACCUUAAACGAUAUCGAAUUCGAUUACAUUACAUUGAUGGCCUUGGCUUUAUCCGCUGCCUUUAAUGUUUGGUAUUUUAUUAAAAAGCAUUGGAUCGCUAACAACAUUUUAGGACUAGCAUUUGCGUCGACUGGGGUUGAACUCUUGCAGUUGAACAGUGUUCAAACGGGUUGUAUUUUACUUGGUGGUCUCUUCUUCUAUGACAUCUUUUGGGUUUUCGGUACUGAUGUUAUGGUUACUGUGGCGACCUCCUUUGAAGCUCCUAUAAAGUAUAUUAUUGAAAAGGGAAUCAAUUCUACAAAUUAUGCAAUGCUAGGUUUAGGUGAUAUUGUCAUACCAGGAAUUUAUAUUGCAUUGCUAUUGCGUUUCGACUUGAGUUCUAAUAAGGGCAGUAAGGCUUAUUUUUAUAAUGGACUCGUGGCUUACAUUAUUGGUCUAAUUGUUACAGUCGCAGUUCUUCUACUAUUUAAAGCAGCACAGCCUGCAUUAUUAUAUUUGGUGCCAGCCUGUAUUGGUUCAACUAUUUUAACGGCACUAGUAAAAGGCCAAUUGAAGGAACUAUUUGCGUAUAAAGAUGAAGAUCAAGGUAAAGGUUCAGAAGAUGUUUCAGAAAAAAAGGAUAACUAA